AUGGACCGAAACUCUUCUCGACGAGAUGAUAGGCGGGAUGAUAGGAGAGAUGACCGUCGCCCGAGAGAUGACACCCGCAGUCACAAGCCACGCUACGGUGAGACGUCUUUUGGUGAAAACACAUGGCCAGCAGCUGACAGACGUGCAGAGCAAGGUCGAGACCGAUCACGUUCGCCACGACGCGACCGCCAGGAUGAGAGAAGGCGGUCUCCACCUCCGCCACGAGGACCUCCUGCACAGCGUGGACCACCACCGCCCCGCUCAGACCGCGAUCGCGACUUCCAGCGCAGCAGGGAUUCGACGGCAGCGAGCCCACCGAACCGGCGGACAGACGACAGACAAUCUUCGCGGGCUAUGGGAGACGGUAAAUUCGGUGCCGCGGGUCUGAAGAAUGGAGCAGCCAAACAAGAAAGGCAAGAGGAUACGAAAAUGGUGGAUGACCUCGAAGAUGAAGACGAGGAUGCGAAGAUGAAGCGCAUGAUGGGCUUCCAAAGCUUCCGUUCGACGAAAAACACCAAGGUACCGGGCAACGACAAGAACUACGGCGUGUACAAGACCAAAAAGGCCGAGUACCGCCAGUACAUGAACAGAGUGGGUGGUUUCAACAGACCACUCGAUGCUUUGUGA